AUGUUGUUCUUCUCGUACUUCAAGGAUUUGGUGGGAAGAGAAGUAACCGUGGAGCUGAAGAACGAUUUGGCCAUCAGAGGGACAUUGCAUUCUGUUGAUCAAUACCUCAACAUCAAGCUCGAAAACACUCGCGUUGUCGAUCAAGACAAGUACCCCCACAUGCUUUCUGUAAGAAACUGCUUCAUCAGAGGUUCGGUAGUGAGGUAUGUGCAAUUACCUCCAGAAGGGGUGGACAUUGAACUGUUGCACGAUGCCACGAGGAGAGAAGCUCGUGGCGGUUAG